CACACUUACAAAAAAAAAAAAAAAAAGACCUUACGUGUUUCGCUGUCGCGUGACACACUCCACCCCACACCAUCCCCCUCCCGCACGAUAGCCGCCUCUCACUCAUCAGGCAACCCCAUUUGCCCAACCAACCGCCUCUUUAAUCGCUUUCAUAUUACCCCCCCCCCCAAUUUUUGCUUCUGUUUAAUCCAUCCUGAAACAAAUGCUCCCUUCUUUUUUCCUUAUCCUACACCCACCACCACCGCCUUCUUUCUCCUUAUGUCGACUACAACUUCUCCUCCUCUUCCCCAACCCUCCUCCGCCACCGCUGCACGGCGGGUUCCUCCCCCGUGCUGGACUAAAGACGAAACCCUGGCGUUGAUCGACGCUUACAAGGAGAAAUGGUUCGCUCUUCGACGUGGGAAUCUGAAAGCAUCGGAUUGGGACGCCGUGUCGGACGUCGUAUCCUCCGCUUCUGAUCCUGGAACCGUGAAAUCAUCCGUUCAGUGCCGGCAUAAGAUCGAGAAGCUGAGGAAGCGUUACCGUGCCGAGAAGCAACGGAGCCUUAAAAAUUUGGGCAAGUUCUCUUCUUCUUGGGACUUGUAUCCUCUGCUUGAUUCUAUGAAUUUUGCAUCCACCUCCGUUGCUGGAUCUGAUGAUCAAGAUCAUUCUAUUGAUCAUAAAGUCACUGUAUUCGGCGACUUUUGCUUGAAAUCGAACAAGCGUGAAAAUAUUGAUGGGAAUUCUGGGUCUAAUCUAGGUUUUGAUCAUGAAUUUAGAGGUGGGCAUAAUUCAAGUUUUAAUUUUGAUCACAAAUGGCAGGAAAAUGGGGGUUUUGUGGCCAAAGGAAUUAAAAAAUUCAAGAGUGACGGUAGAAUUGGCGAUGGGUAUGGUUCUAUGGUUGAUUUUGAUCAUAGUUUUGGUCAGGAUGUUGAUAGUCUUGGAGAGUUUCCUCUUAAGACCUUAGGCGAUAGGAGUUUUUUGAACGUCGGAUUCAAAUCAAAGAAUUAUGGUUGCCCUAAUCUAAAUUAUGAUUAUGAUAAUGAUUCAAAAGAGUAUAGCAUUGAUGAAGAAAUGGGGUUUCGAGCUAGAGAUUCAGGUGCAUGGGAUUCAGUGCCCCAAGGUAUUCAUCAAAAGAAACGUGGUAGAGUUGAUAUGAACUUUGAACCAGGUGGUGACUGUAGGGGUUUAAAUGGAGAUGCUUCUUGUUCAAGGCCAGGGCUUGAGAGAAAGAAUGCUGGUGCUGGAGUCAAGAGGGGUGUGGAUCCAGUUGAUGAGAUGGUUUCCUCAAUUAAGUUGCUGGCUGAAGGGUUUGUGAGGAUGGAGAAGAUGAAGAUGGAAAUGGUGAAGGAGAUUGAGAAGAUGAGAAUGGAGAUGGAGAUGAAGCAUAACGAGAUGAUACUCGAAUCACAACAAAAGAUCGUGGAUGCGUUUUCCAGUGCGUUGUCGGAAAAGAAGAAAAAGAAAAAGAAACCAUCCUUAAUGUUCUCAAACAUGAACGGAAAUGGGGUUGAAGAAUGGCAAGAAGAUGCUUUCAUUAAGAAAGAAAGGUAGAUAUUGUUUCACCUAUUAAUUUAGUUUACUUGCAUUUUAAAUUGGCUAAAUGUUCUUAGAAACAAUGCAAACUUAGAUUGAUUCUCUUCCUUCUAAUUCAAAAUUAAAGUGCAACUUA